GCUGCAGUGAAUCAUAUCAAAACAUUCUACAUAUUCAAUAAAAUCUUUUUAACAGAGCCGACCGAUAAUUUCUAUUUGCAAACCAGCACAGGCACUUCUUGCAUGUGGUCACACGGGUGAUUUGUUGAGCGUUUUCCACCCACGCUUGGGUGUUCUCUUUGUAUUCCUCUCCAUUCCAGGUCCGUUAAACGAACAUAGGUCAAGACGAUAUAUACACAACGACAUUGCUGUACUAAAUCCUCAAGAAGAACCACGUGCAGCCUCUAAGGAGGCUGCUGCACUCAAGGCCUGGAGCUCUCAUUUCCGCUUACAGGACGUUAACCUUCACUUCAUCUCACUACAUUAUCCCACAGCAUAAGAUGGCUAUUCCUACGGGCGCUGCUGCCUAUAAAAAAAAGGAUGGCAUCCUCACACUCACUCCUGAUCAGAAGAAUGUCAUAUGGACUCCCAACACCGCACUAGGUGGUCCACCGUCGGUGUCGUUAUCCAUAUCAAAUAUCACCAAUCUUCAGCAAACCCCCGAUAGUGCCGCUAAGGUUAUGCUAAAGAUUUUUGAUAAACCCCCUGGAAGUGCGGAUCCAACAGCUUACUUAUUCCAUUUCAAUUCUCCCUCGGACCCAAGGGCGGAGGCCAAUGUGAUCAGAGAUCUUUUAUCCAAACUUCUUGUCGAAGUCAAGAAUAAUGACCCCAGCAUCCCGCGACCCGCCGCCGCACCUUCAGGUGGCUCGGGGGGCAGUGGCUCAGGAUCAAUGGCCUUCGCCAGCACUGUGAACUCAAAGCCAACGAAGGCACAUCUAUUCGACGACGAAGCUUUGAAGAAUGACAUCGUACUACAGCAAUCCCUCUUAAGGGCAGAUCGUAACCUUUCCCAGAUGUACAUGGAAGGUCGAAAGACGAAACCCGAAUCCAUGUCAGAUACCACGUUCAACACGCAAUUCUGGUCUGCGAGGGUCAACCUGCUCCGCGCUCAUGCUAUUGAGAACAAUCAAAAGAAGGGCCCUUACAACGUGCUGGCCCAGGUGAAGCCUACCAUGGAGCAGAGCAAUGAUCCGAAUAAGCCUAGUGAGCUGAAGAUCAAGUUUAGUGUUGAACAGAUUCAAAUGAUCCUCAACCAGCAUCCUCUGGUCAAACGAAUCUACAAUGAGAAUGUCCCUCCCGUGAAACAGAAUGAUUUCUGGGAAAGGUUCUUCCUCAGCAAGCUGUCUAAGCAGCUAAGGGGUGAACGCGUUACAGAGCUUGAGAAGCCUGACUCACUCUUUGACCAGUACGAUGAAUACGACGAUAUCAAGGACUUCAAGAGCAAGCUCUUAUCCCAGCGCAUACCACACAUCAUUGACGUGGAAGGAAACGAACAGAACCAGGGUGGAUUGAAGAGUGGAAACCGCAAGGAUGUCGAGAUGCGACCCAGAAGUGGAAAGGAGGUACCCAUCAUUCAGACGCUGAACAGCAUCAGCGAGAAGCUUCUUGCUAGCACUACGUCGCGCGAAAAUGAUCCUACGAUUCCGGUAGAGCCGGACAACGACACCUAUCGAGAACUUGCCCUGCGCGAUCUUCGUGGGGAUGUCGAAGAAAACCGUAUCAUUCUCAACAUCAAGGAGCAGAGCAAUUUCUUUUCGAGCGACGCUAGUGCCGUCUCUGAGACAGCAGCUGUCUACGAGAAACAGAAACCGUCGAAGGUACUUAAGGAUGUGCAGGGCGAUUUAAAGGGCCUCGCCCAAUACAGUGCUGGCGGUGUUGAUCUCCAUUCGUCGCUGGGUAUUGAUGACGACAGCGAAAGCGAUGAAGGGGGAAAGAAGCCGGCUCAUGUUGGUUCGAGAGCGUCACGAAAGGAUGCGCAAAAGCAAAUACUCGAUAGUAUGGCGCAGAGACGAGCUCAACUUUUCGGCCACGACUCGGACGAGACAUCACCCAUGGGAUUGCCCCCGGACGUGACCCAAAUUUGCAACUUGACUCAAGCCACCACUGUAGAAUUCGUCAAGCAAUUUUGGUCAGCGUUCCUCUCGGGCGACCCCGAUCGAGCCGUCGAACUUGGAUAUCUGGCCGAGGCUCUUAAGCGAUCUAAGGACAGAAUUAAUGCCGUCGCCGAGGAAGCUGAUAAAGUGCGUGAGCAACAGAUCAAGAAAAGAAAGGAGGAAAUAUACCAGAUCUACGAACGUACCGGUAGAAAGAUCAAGUUCAACUCCAAGAAUAUUCGUGGUGGUAGAGAGGCUGUAUUGACGCUCUUCGAACCUACGAUUGAGUCCCUAGACAAAGGCAUCGCAGAGUAUCAGAAGGCGCUUGCAGCGGAAGGUAUCCAGGCUAGCACGGAGUAAUGACUACAUGGGCAUACGGCGUUCUGGUUAGGAGGCCAGGAAAAUGCAUUGCAUAGGAACCCCUCAUAAUGGGAAGACUAAUGAUACUAUGAUACCAGUUGUUUAGACGGCAAUAAAGAAGGGCGUGUCUUGCAUUCACCUUGACUUCCAUUUAUUAAUACCCCCCUUUUAAUAAUCUAGCGGAAGGAAUAGUAGUCGCCAUUUCGACCA